AUGGUCCUGAGCGCCGAUCUCCGUCACGCGGUGCAGGCGAAGCUCAAAGAUGCGGCCGACGGCGACCGCCUGGUCAAAGCCGUUGACGACAUCAUGAGCAUGCUUCGCACUGAGGGGCAUGUUUGUACUCAAAGGCUUCCUCCGCAACAAGUCGGGGUGCACCCUUGUAACCGAGACGGCCUAGGACUGAGCAGCGCAGACGUGCACUCGUUGCUCGAUGAAAUCAUUGACGUCGGCUUCGUGGCGAGCCGUGUCCAUGCGGUGGCAGUCGAGAUUGCGGACGACUCGGUCCGGAUGUGGAACGAGGAACUCGUGCAUGCCUCGGCGAAGCUCGGCACGCUCCAGGGCGACAAGCUGAAGGCCGUCUCCCUCUCGGCGUCUCACACGAACUUUGCCCUGCGCCUGCUUGCGCAGGAGGUGGAGCACGAGAGCGACCUCGUGUCGCGGGAUCGCGCUUUCUACGAGGCAGCCUUGCACGGACUGGAGUGGAGCGUCAUCAGCAAGGACGUGGCCGAGGCCUUCCCAGAGCUCCUGCACUAUGUCCAGACGCAAGGGAAUGCCACGCUCAGCCGCGGGGAGCACGAACUCCAAGCGGACGCCACUGGGAAUGUCGACUUUGGCGUCAUCAAGAAGCGGACAUUGGCAUCGAAGCCUGGGUGCGCAAAGAGCGUGCCACACCUUUACACCUUUGCCCUCAAGUGCGCAGGGGGGCGCUCGGCGGUGUUCUUGCAGGAGACGGAGAACUUCGUCAGGGCGCACGCUCCGUCCUCUCGCAUGUUAGGCCCUGACAUCUGGGAGAUUCUCUCUCAGGACGCCCGUGGACCGGCCCAGAACGUCUUGUUCAGGCAUGCGUUGGUGAAGCUGGCCUACAUCCGCGACACGCUCACCGCCCAAGAGGCACGUAAAGCCUUCACCAAGGCUGUGUGGGGCUUGCGCGAGCAGUGUGACCUGCAGAAGGACCACCGGAUCGUGGCAGCCAUGGGCUAUGCGGAUGUUGCGCUGGCUGCCAUGGUGCUGAACUUGAAGGUGCACGGGGAGCGCAAGUACGAGACUAUGCAGGGGAUGGCCCAUGGCUUUGUCACGAUGCUCCGCACGAUUGCUGGCAAUGCUGCCAUCCGGUCCCCGUGGGAAGAGUUUGAAGAGGCUUGCCCGGCAAGCAGCUCUGCCUCACAGCCCUUGAAAGACAAGCAAAUCAUGCGCGAGCUCAACACGGAUGGCAGUGUCAAGCCACAUGAGGAACAUGAGGAUCGUCUCCUGGAGGCUGGCUUCGAAAUGGGCCAAAGUGUUCGGCGAAAGCCGGACAUGUUGGAAGGCAAGCUUGUGGGGCUGAAGGAUGGCAAGGUCCGUGUGGAGCUCAUUGAGAACGGGCUGGUGGCCAAGAUACUGAUCGACGACUUCCUGAGCGGGGCUUGGCACAAGUUCACGCCCAGGGCGCAGCCGCAGCUGAUUGAGAACCCUGCGAAGUACCAUCCCAGCCACUUCCCGGCAGUGUGCCGGCACGGAGCUGACCACUGGGACAAGCUCAACAUCCAAGUCAAGCCAAGCAAGCUCGUGCUGUGCAAGUCAGCCAUCCCAAAGCACAAGCUCAUGUUGGCUCCUGCGUCCCUCAACUUGCGCCACAAGUUCACGCCCCCUGAGGGGCCACCCCCCUUCAUGGUCGAGACGGCAUUCCCGGGCGAGUGCUACUUUUGGAUUGCGCCGACCGUUGUCCAGCCCAAGGCCGAAGAUGACGGUGGCUUCCGCAACAAGGAGGCCUUAAGCGAAGGCGACCGCCUGGUGCUGUUCAAGGACAGGGCUGCAGCCCCGGAGCCUGCAGCCUUGGACAUGACGCCUCCCAAGCGCCGGGGCACGGUGAGCGAAGAGCUCGCAGGGGCAGAGCCUAAGAAGCGGCUCAGGAUGAAGGGGCAUUGA